UGAUCAUACAACAGAAACCCUGUUUUUUGUUUUUGUUUUUUUAAUUAAUCUUUUUAUUUUCAAAACAUAUGCAUGGAUCAUUUGACAACAUUUACCCUAUAUAGCUUUGUGUUUCAGAUUUUCUCCUCCUUCCUCCACCCCCCUCCCCUAGAUGGCAAGCAAUUCAAUAUAUAUUAAACAUGUUAAAAUAUAUGUUAAAUUCAAUAUGUAUGAACAUAUUUAUACAAUUCUCUUGCUGCACAAGAGAAAUCAGAUCAAAAAAAUAAAGUAAAUGAAUAAGAAAACAAAAUGUGAGUGAACAACAACAAAAAGAGUGAGAAUUGUAAGUUGUAAUCCAAGUUCAGUUCCUCCAGUCCUCUCUGGAUGUAGAUGGUUCUUUUCAUCACAAAAUCAUUGGAAAUGGCAUCAAUUAUCUCAUUGUUGGAAAGAGUCAUGUUCAUCAGAAUUAAUCGGUCCUAUAAUAUCGAUGUCAUGUACAAUGAUUUAGCUCUGCUCAUUUCACUUAGCAUCAGUUCAUGUCUCUCCAGGCCUCUCGAAAAUCAUCCUGCUGAUCAUUUCUUAUAGAACCAUAAUAUUCUAUAACAUUCAUAGACCAAACUUAUUCAGCCAUUCUCCAACUGAUGGGCAUCCACUCAGUUUCCAAUUUCUUGCCAUUAUGAAAAGGGCUGCCACAAACAUUUUUGCACAUGUGGGUCCCUUUCCCUCCUUUAUGAUAUCUUUGAAACCCUGGGUUUUUGAAAGCCAAGUGAUCUUUGUCAUAAUCAUCAUAGUAAUAGCUGUCAUUUAUGUAGUUUUAAAGAGUUUGCAAACUUCUUUUCACAAAGCAAGUCUCUUGAUGUUGUCUGAACCCUAUAUAGCUAAUUCCAAAAAUAUGCUUUCGUAGAUUAAUUUCGAGGUGAUGCUCAGUUUAAAAAACAAAAUAUGGAUAUGUGGAAAGGUGGGAUAUGACAGCACAAUUAAGGAAUCAGGCCUCCAGAUUUUUAAGGUCACUUCCCACCCCUACCUUUUGGUUGGAUCAAAAUUUCAAAAAGUCUAAAUGAUCUCUAUUCAAAGGCAUUCAUUCAUUCAACAAGCAUUUUAUUAAGCACCAGUUCAGUAGCUAAUAGAGUGUAGGAAGAUCAAAAUAGAGGGAGAGAUAAAGACAUCAUUCUUUUACCAGGUCAAGUUGCCCAGGCUUUUAUGACAUUAGUGUGUAUUUCAUAUAUUUAACAUAAAAAUAUUGCAGAUUUAACAUGUGGACGUUUAUUAUGUAUUAUAUGCAAUCAACAGAUAGUGUGGCCAUACAUAGAAUGUAUAUGUGUAGAAGUGUAGUUUGCGUACACAUACAUACAUAUGCAUGUAUGCUUACAGGUGUCUGUACAUGUGAGAUCUAUCCCCCUCCAGAUUUAACCCGAGACUAGGGAACCUUGUCUCCUUCCCGCCCCAAGUGCACUUGCUGGGGAUUAAAAGUCACCCGCAGCUGCAGGACGUCCCGCGGGCCCAAGGGCGACGUUGAGGGGGGUAGAAGACAGCGAGAGUAGAAGCUCCCGCAGCGGGCCCUGCCCUGGGCUCUGCGAGCUCCGCCGUCUCGGCUCGGAAUCGCCUAGUGCCUCCGUUUCCUCAUCUGUAGAUCUGGGCUGCCUAAUCUUUCCUGCCUCUUCUUCCAAUACAGUCGCGUCAGAACUGAAACCCCAGGGUGAGUAGGUUUUGGAGGGGCUGAAGGAAGGAAUGCCGCUUCUCGCGCAGGAGCGAAACGAGAAUGGCGCUUCGGCACUGGCUCUUCCCACAACACCCUGCCUUGCAGGCCUGCCCUCUCUUUUUGCCCUUUUCCAAAAUGGCGGCAGCGACGACGACGACGCCAGGUCCCGGAAGCUCCGCCCCGUCCCUCCUCUUAGCGCCACCGAAUUCACUACCGCCCCCUCCCCAGCUCGCGCUCGGGGGGUCAGCGGCGACGCCGUCGGCGUCCGUUUCCCGCCAUAGUGUAGAGGAAGGCGGGGGAAGGGGGGGGGGUUAGAGGGGCUAGCGGUGCUUCCGUCUCGUAGCCGCCGAAGUUGCUGCUACCUGGAGCGAGGCGAGCCCGAGGCCGAGCAGUGACGCUCUGAGACCACUGCGGCUUUCCUGGCGUGGGUGUGGGCAAAAGAGGGAGCGGCCGGGGGUUGGGGGCUGACCCCGAAGGAAGAGCAGUAGAGAGAAGGAGGAGGAAGCCGCCGCCGCCGCCGCCGCCGCCCCCCCCCGGGAGGGAGGAGGGCCGUGUGAUUGUCUGCUCAGCCCAGCUGCCGCCGCCUCGAGAACCCCGUUCGGGGUAGCCUGGUCCGCGCGACCCUCGGCAAGAUGCCGUGCGGGGACGACUGGCUCAACCAUCCACUCGGCAUCGUGCAGGGCUUCUUCGCCCAAAAUGGAUUAAAUUCUGACUGGGAGAAGAAAGUAACUGAAUAUUUUAAAGAAAAGCUAAAAGAAAGUAAUGCUACUAAAUGGGUACCAUCAUUGAAUGAUGUUCCUCUUCAUUAUCUGAAACCCAAUAGUUUUGUGAAAUUUCGCUGCAUGGUUCAGGAUAUGUUUGAUCCUGAGUUUUACAUGGGAGUCUAUGAAACUGUUGAUCCAAAUACAAAAGCACGGGUUUUACAUUUUGGAAAAUACAGAGACAUAGCAGAAUGUGGGCCUCAACAAGAAGUUGAUUUGAACUCUGCCCAGACCACUACUUUGGAACGACAGACUUUCUAUUGUGUCCCAGUGCCAGGAGAAUCGGCAUGGGUAAAAGAAGCAUAUGUUAGUGCAAGUCAAGCUCGGGUUAGCCCCUCAACUUCCUACACUCCAAGUCGUCACAAGAGAAGUUAUGAAGAUGAUGAAGAUAUGGACCUUCAUCCAUCUAAACAGAAAGAUCAACAUACAGGUUUAAGACAUACAGGGAAGGUUGGUGAUCUUCAUGGGUAUGGAGAGCCAAAACGGUUAGAAACUGAGGCUUCUGCUGGGCAACACUUGAACUCCCCAAACUGCACCCCUCCUCUUGAUCUCAAUUUUCCACUGCCAGGAGAGAAAGGCCCUGCAUGCCUUGUAAAGGUUUAUGAAAACUGGGAUUGUUUCAAAGUGAAUGAUAUUCUUGAGGUGUAUGGCAUUUUGUCUGUGGAUCCAGUGCUGAGCAUAUUGAAUAAUGAAGAAAGGGAUUCCUCAUUACUGGAUCCUAUGGAAUGUAUGGAUACUCUAGAAGAACAAAGAGUACAUAGCCCCCCUGCUUCAUUAGUUCCAAGAAUUCAUGUGAUUUUAGCCCAGAAAUUGCAGCACAUCAAUCCACUCUUGCCUGCUUUUCUUAAGGAAGAGGAGAACAAAAGCUUUAUUUCAGGAUUCAUGUCAGAAUUAUCCCCUGUGAGAGCAGAACUACUUGGGUUCCUAACCCAUGCUCUUCUGGGAGAUAGCUUGGCUGCUGAAUACCUAAUAUUGCAUCUCAUCUCCACUGUAUACACAAGGAGAGAUGUUCUUCCUCUAGGAAAAUUCACAGUUAACUUGAGUGGUUGCCCUCGAAAUAGUACCUUCACAGAACACAUAUAUCAAAUUAUUCAACAUCUUGUUCCAGCAUCUUUCCGUCUACAGAUGACAAUAGAGAAUAUGAACCUCUUGAAGUUAAUUCCUCACAAAGAUUACACAGCUAAUCGCUUAGUCAGUGGAAUCUUGCAACUGUCAAAUAAUACUUCCCUUGUAAUAGAUGAGACUCAUCUUGAGCAAGGACAGCUUGACACCCCAGGAGUUCAUAAUGUAACAGCACUGGGCAACCUAAUAACUUGGCAGAAAGUAGAUUAUGACUUUAAUUACCACCAGAUGGAAUUCCCCUGCAAUAUUAAUGUACUUAUUACUUCAGAAGGCAGAUCACUCCUACCGUCAGAUUGCCAGGUCCACUUGCAGCCACAAAUAAUUCCACCAAAUAUGGAAGAAUAUAUGAGCAGUCUUCUCACAGCAGUACUCCCUUCUGUCUUGAAUAAAUUCCGCAUUUAUCUGACUCUUUUGCGAUUGCUGGAUUAUAGCAUAUCUGAUGAGAUUACCAAGGCAGUUGAAGAGGACUUUGUGGAAAUGCGCAAGAAUGACCCACAGAGCAUAACAGCUGACGACCUCCAUCGAUUACUGGUUGUAGCCAGGUUCUUGUCUCUAAGUGCUGGCCAGACAACACUGUCAAGAGAGAGGUGGCUAAGAGCAAAGCAGCUGGAGUCUUUACGAAAAACCAGACUUCAACAACAGAAAUGUGUUAAUGGAAAUGAACUUUAAAAUUUUUUUUCUUUUACUUUAGUUUAACAAGAUUAUGAAAAAGUAACGUGCAAAGUGCAACAAGAUUAUUGUAAAAUUGAAAUAUCAUUUAUACCAUAUUGUUUUGUAGAUUAUUUGUAUGAAAACAAAUGACUUUUCCUUGAAAUCCAAAUCAUGCCUGAAAACAACUGAAGUUUAUAUGGUAUUCAGUAAGGCCUUCUUUUAAACUUACUGAUUUUAUGAAGCUUUUGAAGUUUUUUUGUAAUUAAACUGGUAACUGUGCAAAUUAUUUGAUAUUAAAGAUUUAAUAUUGAUAAUA